CAAAUCUGCAGGGCUACAUCAUUUGUAUUAUGUGCAAAUGUGCCUUGGAUAAGCGUUUUCUUGUUUUAGUACUCAAAGUUGACUUUUCAUCAAGCCCUAACGACAAUACAACCUGUCCGUGGUAAAUACCCUAAGAAACCGACCAGAGGUUAGCAACUAUGCUGUAACAGUUUAUAACCUAGGAGGCGCACUGAAGUGAAUAAUAAUGACCGAGUGGUACUACCUGAAUUUGAAUAUUGACUACAAAGUAAAACUAGAAACUAAAACUCUCCUGUUUCCAUAGCUGCUGUAGCUUUAACUGUAUUAGUUACUCCUACCGGUGAACGGCUAUCACCCACCCGGCUUCAGUGUAGUCUCCGGCACGUCGCCGUGUGCUGCAGGUCGGGGGAGGGAAUGGCUCAGAAUACCUGGAAGAACUUUUUCCUCUCGGUUUUCGAUUACAAAACAGAGAAAUAUGUUAUCGCAAAAAAUAAGAAAGUCGGCGUGCUGUUCAGAUGCUUCCAGCUGGCUGUUCUUGUGUACAUUGUUGGGUGGGUCUUUGUGAUGAAGAAAGGAUAUCAGGAAAGAGAAGAGUCCAUUCAGAGCUCUGUGAUCACUAAACUGAAGGGGGUGGCUCUCACCAACACCACAGACAGUGGGCUCCAUUUGUGGGGGCCGGAAGAUUAUGCUAUCCCCCCACAGGGGGAGAGAGUUUUCUUCAUUGUUACAAAUUUCAUAGAGACACCAAACCAGAGGCUAGGCCACUGUGCUGAGAGCAUCAAGGUACCUGAUGGUCACUGUAGGGAGGAUGCCGAUUGUACAGAAGGGGAAACAGUCAUAGCUGGACAUGGAAUAAAGAGUGGCCGAUGCUUGAACUCUACAGGUACCUGUGAGAUAUUUGGCUGGUGCCCCAUUGAGAAAAACCACAAACCACAAGAAGCAGUGUUACAAAAAGCAGAAAACUUCACAGUCUACAUAAAGAACUUCAUCAGAUUUCCUAAAUUUCAGUUUUCAAAGUCGAAUGUCCUGGAUACAAGCAAUGACACCUAUUUAAAAGGGUGCACAUAUAACGAGACCUUGCACCCCUACUGCCCUAUCUUCCGUUUGGGUGACCUCGUCAGCUGGACUGGCCACAGCUUUCAGGACAUGGCUUCGAUGGGCGGGUCAGUUGGAGUUCUGAUACAGUGGAACUGUGACCUGGACAAGGACUAUUCCAAGUGCAACCCCCACUACAGCUUCACUCGGCUGGAUGUGAAUGCAAACAAUUCCAUCACAUCUGGGUAUAACUUCAGAUAUGCUCGAUAUUACAAAGAUGCGGCAGGGAAGACUUAUCGAACACUAACGAAGGUGUAUGGAAUUCGGUUUGACAUCAUGGUGUCUGGAAAGGCUGGAAAGUUUAAUAUUAUUCCCACCAUUGUAAAUAUUGGCUCGGGCCUUGCUUUAAUGGGUGCUGGAGUGUUCAUCUGUGACAUGGUGCUGCUUUAUAUGAUGAAGAAGAGCACAUUCUACAGAGAGAAGAAAUUUGAGUCUGCCAAGUAUGAACCUUUCAGAUGGAAUGAUAAGAGAAUGAGGGCCAAACCGCUGAGGGUGGACAAAACACUCAGCAAACAGGUCACAGAGCAACGGCAACUCACUGACCUGUCUCCAGAAAACCAACAAGGGGCUAAAUGAGCUGCACUUCCACCGUCAGGGAGCAAGGCAGAGUUCUGAGACGGGAAGUGGAGCGCAGGCACUCGGAUCACUAAACAGAUGACACCGAUUUUCUGGUGCCAUUGGAGGGUGAUACGCACUGUGAGGGACAAGGAAGGGACGAGGACAGGGCCCUGCACACCGCUGGAGACAGAAUGGUGUUACAUGCCCGCAGCUCCCCUUGAUUACACGGAAACAAAAGACACUGUGGACUGUGUACUGCAAAAUGAGAUCCACAAAGGUACAAAAACAAAUAAUUCCAGUUCUGUCCUCUUGUUGUUUUCUGAAUGAGAAGCAGAGCGAGAGUCGACAUUUGUCCUCAAGCUUCUCAUGUCCAUUUUUCACGAGAUUGUUUUAUGGCAGUGUUUUGAGAUUGUUUUAUGGCAGUGUUUCUCAACCCUACUCCUGGAGGCCCCCUGCUCUGCACAUUUUCCAUCUUUCCC